GUAUUUUGCAUCAGUUUGCAGAAAAUCAAUUGUAAGUUGAUAAAUUGUGCGAUAAGAAGUGCUGUUGAGGUUAAAAAAGGGUGGUAGACAUGUGAAGGUACCCACAUGCCCACCAAGUGGACUAUGGGGCUCAAUGAUGGAUGACCAAAUUGGUGAUAAAACUCAGUGUGCUCAGCAUCCUCCUCACUGUGUUCGGGUGAAGAGGAAAUGUAUGCGCAAUUUGAAUCUCGAGAAGAUUGUCGUCUUCUAUGGCGUGAAGCUACUUGAAGUGCCCUCAGAGGACACAGUUGUAGAUUCAGCAUCAAGUACCAACACUUGGAUCAACUUCCAGGUGGUUCCUGUCGAUGCAGGAAGUGGUCUCGAUGUUCCGGAGGUCACAAAACGAGUUCAGCACUACAUUGAAUCCCUUUGCAUCGCGGAGGCCGAAGACAGCAGCUACGAUUCCGACUGCGAAGUCGAUGAUUCACACCAGCAAGUAUCCAGGACCACGAGUGAUACACUUGGUCAGGAAUUUGCUGAGUAUGUGAGCAGUGGUGGAGUACCACCAGAACGUUCUCCAGGGUAUACAGCACGGGUAGAGUUUGCCCUCAAACUGGGCUACACUGAACGCUUGGUGCAGGCAGCUUUGGCUCGCCUGGGACCCAAUCCAGCCCAAAAUGAACUCCUGGCUGAGUUGAUAAAGCUGGGAGCGUUGCAUGGGACAAAGAGUGGAGAUUUUGCGGCUGAGCCACCGCAUGGGGAGAAUUUGCCGACCGUAGGUGUUUGUGGGUCUCCGGAGGUGACUGAAGAAGUGGGAUCGGCAAAUGGACUGAGACCAAUUGUGGUCGAUGGCAGCAAUGUGGCCAUGAGUCAUGGGAACAAGCAGGUAUUCUCCUGUAGGGGCAUUAAACUCUGUGUGGACUGGUUUAGGAAUCGGGGACACAAGGAUAUCACAGUUUUUGUGCCAAAGUGGCGCAAGGAAGCCUCAAGGCCAGACAAUCCCAUCAGGGAUCAGGAAAUUCUGCAUGAAUUGGAACGGGAAAGGAUGCUGGUGUUCACGCCAUCGCGUCUUGUAGGUGGCAAACGGAUGGUCUGUUACGAUGACAGAUAUAUCUUGAAGUUGGCGGCUGAAAAUGACGGAAUUGUAGUGUCUAAUGACAACUAUCGUGAUCUUGUGCAAGAGAGUUCGGAGUUCAAGAAGGUGUCUGAGGAGCGUGUACUGAUGUUUUCCUUCGUAAAUGAUCGCUUCAUGCCUCCGGAUGAUCCACUGGGACGAGCUGGACCAACUCUUGAGAACUUCCUGCGCAUUCAGCCAAAAAAAGGGGAACCUCCGCCUCCUUGUCCGUAUGGCAAGAAGUGCACGUAUGGCAACAAAUGCAAGUAUAGUCAUCCUGAACGAGGCUCUGGACCUCAUAAGUCUGUCACUGAACGACUCUCGGAAUAUGCUGCCCGACACUUGCCGGUGCGCCCUGGAGAGAAUCGUCAGCCCGUCCAGGGUAAAUCACUGAGUGUUCCGUUGAGUAGCAGUGGAGAAACUAGUCCCGUUGGCAGUGACGGUCGCCGGAAGCCACUGAGUAGGACGCGUUCGAGUGUUUCCGAGGGUCCAAGUCAGGCGGUUCCGAGUUCAUCGGGACCCCAAGCUCAGUUUGGCGUAAUGGAACAGCCACAGAUGCCGUAUGCGACUCCCAGUCAGGCUACUUGGGAUCCCACGGGUUUUCCCAAGUCGCACAGUAUUGAGAAUUUGCCGCGAGAGGGCUUUCCAAGUGGGGGACAGCAGCACUAUCCGGGAGCGCAGAUGUGGGUGAGGCAGGGUGCUGGGGCCACUAGUAAGGACGAUGGCGACAGUGUGAAUCUGCAUAGGAAGCUGCAGAGGCAACUGACACUCAAUCCGGCUGGAUGUGAUCCGAGAAUUUAUCAGAUUCAGCGAAUGGGAGGUAUUUGUCCACCAGCAGGACAACAGCAGCAGCAACAACAGCCCGCCCAUUCUCCCCAUAGACCAGUGGCACCUUCCCUCAGUGGACCACGUACACAACACUGCCCAACUCAAUGGGAUCUGCAUCAGAAUGUCACGAGGAAUGCCUCAGCGCCAGAUCCAGCCAGACCUUGGCACGGAGGACCUCCACCUGCGUCGUCCUCUGAGCCUCAUCUCUGGACACAGCAGCAGCAACAGCGAAGACUUCCAGUUGGUUCUUCGCCUCCACAACCAUCAACAGCUGUUGAUCAGCGACGUCGACUGCACUAUCACCUAGCCAGCAUCUUUCCCGAGGAUCAAGUGAAGAUUGUAAUGCAGAUGUAUCCGGAUGAGACGAAUCCACAAAAAAUCUGCGCUGCCAUUCUCAAUAUGUUUCCCAAGAUGUGAAUUGAUAUUCUAAAAAAUUAACUGAGAGAAGACCAUCUUCCAAACAAAAAAAGAAAGAAAAUAGGAAAGAAAACAAACCCCAUGUGACAGUUUCUGGCAAAAUUCCUCACAGCAGGAAUUUCCAUUGCACGGAGAUGUGAUUGGCAAAAGAAAUGAUGCUUAAAAUCAGGUGAGAUUUUACUUAAUAUAUGUUUCAAUUCAAAAUUGACACGCACAAAAUUGAAUAGUGCUUUUUGUAUAGAAUGACAUUUUAUUCUUCGUUAAUCAGGAAAUUACUUAACUUGGCGAUAUAUUUCGUUUGCAAUUUAGCUUUGACAAAGUGGAUGAUGAAAAUCAAGUUAAAAGAUUUUGGAGAGUUUUUUAAUGAUAUAUCAGUAUGCUUGGAGAUUAACCGCCAGCGCCAUCUAACGUAGAACAUUUUUCAGGGAAGAGGAUCAUCUAUUUCAGAAGCUUUGGAUAACUGUCAGAUGUUAUCUUUGGCUUAAAAAAUUAUUUUAAAAGUGAAUCAUGACUUCAAAAUGAUUAUUAACAUCACUGAGAAAAAAACGGGGCUGCGAUUAGCUUUUUUUCCUCAUAACUUUAACACUUUUGAGGUGUAAAAAUAUAUCAACAUUUUUUAAUGUUAAUUUUACACUUUUUAAGGGUAAAUUAACAUGAAAGAAGGGUAACUCUAAAAAGGGUAAUAUUUACACCGAUUUCGGAUCAAUACUGCAAGGUAAAAUUAACAUUCCUGGAAUGUUAUUUUAACUUUUUUGGAUUUCUCUCAGUGAUUGCAUUUUUGUUUUACUGCUCAAACCCAAAAAGAGCGCAGCAUAAAAUCCGUUUUUUUUUUAACUUGCUACCAAGCUAGAAGUCAUACCGUAAAAGAUAUUAACUUUCGAUCUUCGGAGACCCCCAAUAAAAAUAAAACAUUAUCUAGGGACACUUAUUUCUUUUACGUCUUGUUUUUUUUUUUUUUUUAGAAAAACGGUUUCGAAAAUAUUGGUGGUAACCGGAUAGCCGGAAAAUUAGGAAUAUAAAGUUUUUCGAAAUCAGAGUCAUUUGCGCCAUUCUGAAGGAUCGGUUUUGAGUGGAAACCCAAAGAAAAAAGACAAUUUUACUUAACGUUUCGUCCGCGUGGUGGCUGAAGUUCGAAUUCCGAAAUAUGUUAAGUGUCAGCUAUCACUUUGUUGUGAGAAAAAAAACAAAGCAAUGACACUAUAAACGUGUAUUCUAUUAUGAUUUCCCAUUUUAACCAGAACCACUGGGUAUUUUUUUAACAGCUUCUUGGUACGGUAUACUGAUUUUUAUGUAUUUUCCCAAAAUUUUGUUUGAAAAUUCGAAAUUGAGUUUCUUUCCGUACAGAAGUAGAGUUUGGUAAAGCGAAAAGCCAUUCGAAAAGCUAUUUGAAAAGCCAAAAAUGAAACUUUCUUACUUCUUGAUAAUUCCGCAAGGUGGAAUUUCGAAGUGCUCAAGUCUCAAAAUGUGACGGUCUUCACAUUGUUUGUGAGGAAAAAAAAACAGAACAACGAUGUUUACUGUUCUUGUCCCAGUAUUUAAUCACUCCAGAAUCACCGAGUAACUCUUUUGCCAACUUUUUAGUGUGAUUAUUUGAUAAAUUUUCCCCUCCUUGUUCGAAAAUUUAGUAUGAAAAUUCGAAAAUGAAUUUGAGUUCUUCGAACAUCAACGACUUUUUGAGCAAAUAGAUUUCAAUUUACCUUUUAUCCAAGACACUAUUCUUCACAUUCACAUCUGGAGUUGGGUUUUGAAAAAGUGUCUUGGUUAAAAUGUAAACAGAAUUCCAAACAAAAUUUCGAAUUUUCAAGUUCAAUCUUUAUUUCAAGUAAAAUUUUUAAAUUUGACAAUAUAAAAUUGAAAGUAUACAAAAGGAUUAUUCAAGAAGAGUGCUACCACGUAAUGGUACCGUAUGGUGCUAUUCCGAUAAAAAAGGAACAACUUUAUUAGUAUUUUACUGUUCUCAAGUGUUUCUGCAUUAUCGACUUUUGUGGUUGGUUCCUGUCAUGACUGUUUGUUAGUUUUGAAAUAGUUGAGAUAGGAACUAAUACAAAGAAAAAUCGAUAAUGCAGAAACACUUAGGAACAGUAAAGUGCUCGGACUAGCACCAUUAUGGGUCAUUUCUCAAUUGAGAAAAAUAUCACAUUUUUGUAAUUCUCAAUUCACACAAAAGCUCGCAAAAAAGCCCAUUUUUUAAUCUGAAUAUUUCGUUGACAUUUGAUUGUUUUGCGAUCUAUGUUUUUGGUCAAAAUGAAUGGAAGCAAUCAAAAUCUUCGUGAAAUCACUGCUAAAGGAUAUCUUUAAGCGUUUGGUAUGCAAAAUAUGACAGGGAAAAAGAUAAUGAGGGGAAAUUGUAACCAUUACCACUUUAAAACAGCAACGAUACUUUUUUUGACACACUUCUGACACUCUGCCCGUUUUUUACCGUAAAUCAAAGUUUCGGGCACACCGCAUCGUACACACAGGGAAAUUUUUUCACUGAAAGCACCUUUUUCACGGUGUCUACACAUUGGGAACAAUUCUUGUCAAAAAAUUGCUUUUUUGAAGGAAAUUGCCUACAGCGCUGUAAGCAGAAACGUCAAAAUUCUGUCAAAAAUGCAAUUUUUGACGAAAAUUGUUCCCAAUGUGUAGAGGCCAUUAGGGAACCCAUCGAAUCCACAAUUUACUUGAAUUUCACUGGCACGCAAGUGUCAGAAGAAACUCCGUUGGAUGGUGCUGUACUCGAUGGGAAGAGUAGUAUAAAAACUGUUCCCAAUUUUUAUUUUUAAGCUUUUAUGCGAAAAAGUUCAACCAUAUUGAUCUUUUUCACAUAAAAGCACCCAUUUUUAAAUGGAGUUGAAAAUUUUCUAACAAAUUUGUUGAGAAAUUUCUCAAUGGAAAUGGCAAAUUAAGAAAACAUAAUUUCUUAGUUAGAUUUCAAAGUUUUUUGUAGCAAACUAAGUUGAUCGCUAAGUCAAGUAGCUCCCUAAGUUUGUCCUUAAAAUGAGGAACUUGGAGAGACUUUGGUUUGGUCUGAGCUUUCUAAAAGCUCUGAGAGUAAGAAUAUUGUUGAGAAGGAAUAAUUUAAUUGAAAGAACCAGAAUUUUUUGUUAUUGUAACUUCAUAUUGGAGUAAAUUUUGUAAGUGCUUUUUGAUUGUUUCAUAAAUGCAACUCCCUUUGGCUCAGUGUUAGUACAUUAUUUACGAAGGAAGAAAAGAAAUGUUUUGAAUUUAGAACAAAAGAUUUUAUACUUGAUGAAAAUAUUUAAAGAAAGUUCUCGUUUCAAUUUAUCAAUAAUAUAUUUUAUUGUUAUAGUUUUGUUCUUCUACUUUGAUUCCCGCACUGAGAUCAGAGACAUUCAUCCUAAAAGAAAUAUAAAUUAUAAUAUUGAAGUAAAAGUUAACAUGUGAAAAGAAUGCAGCAGCUUUUGACUUUAUAUACACUUUUUUUUAAAACUGUUAUAUAGUUAGAUUUAACUGUACUGAUCGUGUCAAGAUGACGGAAGAUGACAGAUGAAUUUAAGUAAAAAAAAAAUUGAUGAAACUUUUACAAGACAAAAAGAUAACUAUUGAGGUAAAAUCUUAGGUAAAUGUGUAGUUCAAAAGAAAAUGCGAUAGAAAAUAUUUAAGUAAAAAAAAAAGUGAUUGUUGUAUAGUUAAAAACAAAUGCCCAGAAUUAUUUUGAAUUUUCCACAUGUGACUAAAUAUUUUGGGGAAUGAAAUAUUUGAGUGACAUGUGGAUCAUGUGGAUAGUACUUGAUUUUGAGUUUCUUUGCUAAACUGUUAUACCUGAUUCGAAUCAAGAUGACAGAAUGAUUUGAGUCUAGGAUAAACUGGCUCAAACUGACAGUUAUUUUAAAUUUUUCUCCUGCAACAUCCUGCAUUUUCCACUCUCUCAAGAAAGAGAGUGGCAAUUUGUGCUGUUCUACUGAGAUGAACAAGAAAAAAAAAUAACUUAGAACAAUUUUUGACUAAAGGGUCUACACAUUGAGAACAAUUUUCGUCAAAAAUUGCUUUUUUGAAGGAAAUUGGCUGCAGUGCUGUAGGCAGAAACGUCAAAAUUCUGUCAAAAAUGCAAUUUUUGAUAAAAAUUGUUCCCAAUGUGUAGAGGCCUUAAGGCAAUCAAAGAGAUUGAAAGGAUUGACAGAUGAUCCUUGAAAUAAAAUUCUCAAAUUAAAAAAUAAAUAAAAACUUCAAUGGCCAGAAAAUUGCGUAGGAGAUUUAAAUAAGAUCUCAUGAUGAUUUUCAUAAAAUGAGAAAACUCCAAUAAUUUUGUUACAUUAAAUGUCUCUCAAAAGGAAUGAUUGCAAUAUAAAAUCUAAGCAAAUAUUCCUUAAAAAAAUUGAGUUGAAAGAUUGAAGAAAAAUUAACGUGACAUUGAUGUGAAAGAAAGUGUAAACAUUUAUUAGUGUAAGCCCUCAAAUUGUUUGAUACUAUGUAUCAAGUUCCUCGUUUGUGUCUCUUAAUUUCUUCUUCAUCAUCGUCCUUUCCUCCAAUCCUCAAGUGGUAGACUUCAUCGAAUGCACGAUAGUUUAUUAAAAAAAAAAUAGGCACACUCAUCCAUAAUUAUCUAAAAAUUUCUUUCCUGAAAAAAUCUUCAAUGUCCCCAAAUCCUGUGAAGUUGUUUGUUAAAACAGAAGAAAUUGUUGGUAUUGAUGAUCCCAAAAGGAAGAAAAGGAAUGAAAGAAGAUUUGGGCACUGAAAGACGAGGAGUGAAUUUUAUCAACACAGAUAUAUUUUCACGGGAAACAAAAAUAAAUAGAAAAAAAAGGAAAUAUUUGAAAAUUUUUAGGAAGAAAAUGAAAAUAUAAAUAUAAAUUCAGAUACAUGGAAAAAUGCUAUGCAUGAAACAUUAUAUGAUGUUGUAAGAUAUAAAAUAUCGAAAAUAUAUGUAAUAUUUUAAGUGUUAAA